AUAAAACAUUUUAUAUUUAAUAUAGAAUUUGCACUUUCAAAUUACGCGCAUUUGGCGGUGAAGUUGACACACUUCGGGCGCUCCAUACAGUUCCAUUUAAUAAUAUGAAAGAGUUUGUUCCAUACUAUGUCUCUUCUAUGGCAAGUGCAUUUCUAAUCAUUUACAUUAGCUCUUUUUGACUUUGAAAACAAUAUUAACCACAAUAAUUAUCAAUUAUAAUUAAAACGUAGUUCCAUGGACAAAAAGAAAUAGGAAAAGCCUGAAAUCGUUAUUCAACUUUCACUAACGCUAUUUCUAUUGCGGUAUACCAACUGUGUAACGAAGCUAGGUGGAAAAGAGGGUAUUUGACAUCUUUGCAUAGUUGUGGCCUUUACUUACUCUAUGGUUGUGACAUGUAAGUUCUUGGCGAAUUGACUGGUGAAACGUCAAACAUAGUAACAAAGGCUAAUUAAUUAAUGAAACAAACAGAGCGCUAGUUUAUAUUUCACAAUGGCCAGGACUCCGCAGUUGGCAAACAUGAACUCACAAAAUAAAAUGACUGCUGUUUAAUGGCGAACAGCUGGUGCGAAGAUGACUGUUUUGUUUUGAAUCUGAAUUUUAUCCAAAUAUGUUAGGAAGAGAAUGUUAUUUCAUUAAAAUAAAUUGCUAUUGCUGAAGUUUUUCCGUGUCAUUCAAUUGUCACCUUCGAUCAUACAUCUGCGGCCACACAUUGCAGCUGUUUUUGGGAUGCUGCAUUGUUUAUUAAACAAGUUUCACAUAGCAGUGAGGACGAACGCGAUUUGUAAAUUACCGCACGUUAGUAGCGGAUACGCGCGCCGCUCGGCGAGGUUGUCGGUCUCGUGGGCGAGGGGGCAGCGCGCCAGCAGAAUGUUCCGGCUCUGCGACUAUGACUGCGUGGGCUUCGACCUGGACAACACACUGCUGCGCUACAAGAUAGGGGAGCUGGUGGCGCUGGAGUACGAGGUGAUGGCGAGGUUCCUGGUGGAGAGGGGCUACGACGCGGGGUACCUGCUGCGGCCGCUGGGCGCGGACGUGGACUUCCUGCAGAAAGGGCUGGUGCUGGACUUCGAGCGCGGCAACGUGCUGCAGCUGGCGCGCGGCGGCGCCGUGGCGAAGGCGAGCCACGGAACGCGCCCCAUGACGGACGCCGACGUGCGCGCGUGCUACGGCGAGCAGCGGCGCUGGGACGUGGCCGACAUGUUCCACCGCGACCCGCUCAGCACGUGGAACGGCCCGCUGGAGCGGCGCAUGCGCUCGCUGCUCGACUACUUCGACGCGCCCGCCUCGCUCGUGUUCGGACGCAUCGUGGACUCGCUGGACGCGCGGGAGGGCCGCGCCCUGCCUCGCUACGACGUGUGGCCCGACGUGCUGGACGCCCUGUGCCACAUGUUCGGCCGCGAGCAGUUCGCGGCCAACGGCGGGGACUACUUCCCGGCCCUCAAGAGGAGCCCCGACAAGUUCAUCCGCAAGUGCAGCCGGCAGGUGGUGGACUGGCUGCGGGAGCUCAAGCGCUCCAAGGUGGUGUUCCUGGUGACCGGCUCGAACGUGGACUUUGCGUCGUUCACGGCGCGCAACUGCCUGGGGGAGGACUGGCGCGACUUGUUCGACGUGGUGGUGUGCUAUGCCCGCAAGCCGGGGUUCUUCACCGGCAACCGACCCUUCCUCCGGCUGGAGGGCAUCCGGGAGACGGAGGAGCUGACUGCGGACCGGCUGGAGUUCGGGAACAUGUACAGUCAAGGCAACUGGCAGGACCUCUUCAGCCUGUUUGAAGCAAAGACAGGGAAACAGCAACCUAAGUGUGUGUACUUUGGAGACAACUUGAUCCAGGACGUGUACACGCCAAACAAGUCUCAGCUGUGCGACGUGGUGGCGGUGGUGGAGGAGCUUCUUGUGGAGUCCCCGGGAGAACUCCGCCACCCGGACGAGGCGGUGCUCACUUCGAAGUUGUGGGGCCCGUACUUGCAGCGUGCCUCCCCAUCCUCCACCCUGUGGAGCGAGUUUGUGCACAAGUACGCCAAGCUGUGCGUCUCGGACCUAGACGUGCUGGCGCGGAACCCCCUUACCUUCCCGUUCAGUUGUAUCGACCCUCUAGACCCUUGCUCGUCCCUUGGGUACCACAUUAGUGAACAUCCCGUGGACUGUUAGCUAGGUCUCCCUGCAUUAGUUGACAUUAGAACUGUUGGAUGUAAAAUUAUGUUUUCUGUUUCUUAUUUAGUGUUUGACACUAUAAUAUAUCAUAGCAAACACUUUUUGUAGUUUUAUAUUUUUACCUAACAAAUGUUUUUAUGAAAUUAUAUAUUAAAGAUCAUCCUUCCUAGUUUAUGAAUUACGGUUACUUGCAGUAUAGUAAUGUUGUUAUUGUACCUGAUGUAGACUGACAAAUUUUCAAAAUGUAUUGUCGUAAGAUGUUCAUUAAAUGUGUAACUCUACA